CGCAGUGCAUUCGGAUCAUCAUCUCAUCCAUACGACAGUGAAGACUACGGCAACUACUACUACACCCAAUAUCAAGCUUUCUGCGGACCCAAUCCAAAUCCUGACCUACAUAUUAUCUUGGUACUUUUGAUUAAAAUUUCACAAUGCUCCCCUCUUUCCUUCCUUCUGGCACGAAUACGCCAAACUCCGGCCGUCAUAGCCCUGAAAACGCAUCCGAAACCCAAUCAACCAGACAAUCCGCACCGGCCGAGCACCCAGUCACCCCAAUGCCUCCAGUACCAACUGGCGGUCGACGUAAGCGAAUCGUGGUAGCCAUGACUGGAGCCACAGGAUCAAUUCUCGGGAUCAAGGUCCUCAUCGCCCUCCGCCGACUCAAUGUCGAAACACACCUCGUCAUCAGCAAAUGGGCCGAAGCAACCAUAAAAUACGAAACAGACUAUCACCCGCGGAAUGUGCGCGCCCUGGCAGACUAUGUCCACAGUAUUAACGACAUGGCUGCGCCCGUAUCCAGCGGCUCCUUCAAGACCGACGGCAUGAUCGUUGUCCCCUGCUCCAUGAAGACCCUGGCCGCCAUCAACUCCGGCUUCUGCGAGGAUCUGAUCUCCCGGACUGCAGAUGUCAUGCUGAAGGAGCGCCGAAAGCUGGUCCUUGUUGCCAGAGAAACCCCCCUGAGUGACAUCCAUCUUCGCAAUAUGCUUUCUGUAUCUCAGGCUGGCGCUAUCAUCUUCCCGCCUGUACCGGCUUACUAUAUCAAGGCGGCGUCUGUGGAUGAACUUGUGGAUCAGAGUGUUGGUCGCAUGCUGGAUCUGUUUGAUCUGGAUACGGCCGACUUUGCUAGGUGGGAGGGCUGGCAAAAGGACAACUGAAACUGGCAAACGCAGUAUCGCUUAUACUUCGCCACAAACGCCUAAGUGCACAUCGAUGGCGCUUGUUUUCGACUUGGCAAAUCACCAUACCUGGCUUAAUUUUAGGCGCAAAAGGGAAGGCACAGAAUGGCAUUGUGUUACAUUGUACGAUUGGGAAGGAUUGUUAUUUGGAAGCAUGAAGGCGUUAUUGGGGCUAAGCGUUCUAUAGUUUAUUUUUUAUUUAUAAAAAUGAGAUCCAUCAUCCGCA